CAGAAAGUCAAGAGCAGAUAAACGCGAACGAAUUUAAACGAGUUUCUUCCUAAGCUUAAUUGGAUCAUGAGGAGCCUUUCUAUUGCAUCUACGCAUUUCUGGGACGUACCUUCCUCAAAUGUUAGCUCUUCGGGCUUCGACGUUGAACAUAACUGCGCAUAUGUCCUAUCCGAGAAAGAGGAUGAAGCAGAGAUCCUUCGGAUUGAGCAUUCAACUUCUGUAGAGGAUAUCCCAGUUCCGAUUGCCAGUUUCCCUCUCAAUGGAAGAGUGGUAUCCGCUAGAUACUUGAACGAAGCACAAUCUCUAGCGAUCAUAACUAAAGGAGGGGACAUUGGAUUGUUAUCUGUUGAGGAAGAGUCAAACAACUUUGAAGUUAUUGGUUCUAUCGAAGCAGGAAUUAGUACAGCUGGCUGGUGUCCUGACGAAUCAAUCGUAGUUGUCGUGACUGGUGACGAAAAGGUGUUGGUUAUGACAACUAAUUUCGAUGUCCUCCUUGAGCAACCACUUCACUCAGACGACCCGGGAGAGGCUCAGCAGGUCAAUGUCGGUUGGGGCUCUAAACAGACGCAGUUUCACGGUUCGCUCGGAAAGGCCGCGGCACAAGCUACUCCUGUUUCGCUUGCAAAUAUAGGUAGUAGCCCGGAUGACGAUGGUCUCUCGCGUGUAUCAUGGCGCGGAGACGGUGCCUUCUUCGUCAUUUCUGCGCUCCGAACGCCACCUCAGGGAUCGAUCGAUCGAACGCGUCGUGUGCUUCGUGUAUAUGACCGUCAAGGAGUUUUGCAAAAUGUUGCGGAACCUGUUGCUGGGCUUGAACAUGUAUUGGACUGGCGACCUAGCGGGAACCUCAUUUCUGGAACGCAGCGUUUCGGAUUUGAGGGAGGCGGUGCUGGGAGAGAAGGUCGACAUGACAUUGUGUUCUUCGAGCGAAACGGACUGAGACACGGAGAGUUCUCGUUAAGGGAGCAAGGAAGCUAUAAAGUGCGUGAAUUGAUGUGGAAUGCCGAAUCAGACAUCCUUGCUGUGUGGCUCGAACGAGACGAAGGCGACAUUGUGCAGCUUUGGACCACUAGCAAUUAUCAUUGGUGCGCACUCUACAGUUUGGCCUUUGACGGACCUAACCUGCCUCAUAGGUAUCUAAAGCAGGAGAUCAUCGCUCCAAAAGCCGACAAUGGAUCCGGAACGUUUACUUCAGUCACUUGGCAUCCCGAAAACGGCACGCGUCUUCUCCUCACGACACGUCAACGAGUUCUGGAAUAUGUUUUCGCUUGGGAAACGUUCAUCUCACGAGCACAGGUGCCAAAUGACACUGGGUCGGUAGCUGUUGUCGACGGAACAUCUCUAUUAAUAACGCCCUUCCGAACUCAAAACGUCCCGCCUCCUAUGGCCUCCAUUACUCUAGCACUAGGCCAGCCGCGCACGCCUGUGCAUGUUUCCUUCUCCCCAACAGGCGACCAUCUUGCGGUCUUGAACCACGGCGGAUCCGUCUCACUAUGGGAUCUGCGUACACGUAUGGAAUUUGGUCGUGGAAAGGCUCUUGACCCAGUUCUUGUGUGCAUAUUCGAUCUAGGGUCGGAGGUUUGCCAGCCGAGGCAAAUAUGUCUUCAAGAGAAUCCUGCUGCACCGAAGACGUUCCGGAUCUCUGUCCUAGCAUGUGAAUCUAUUGCGGACGUAGCCUUUGUAGCUGUAGUUGCGGAUAAAGUUUUCCAGGGACAAAAGGAGAUUGAAAUGCCAGGUAAAGACGGGCGGUUGGUAUAUUCGACAGCUGGAAUCUAUUGGCAGUCGUCGGAAGGAAAAAUCUUCUCCGUUUCUACAUCAGGGGAAGGUGCUGCGCUCGUAACUGAGUUUCCGAAUUUCUGCUUCACCGCGGAAGCCGUGUCGCUACCCGAAAGCUCUUCUCUGUUCAUUGGCCGGACAGAUUCUGGAAAACUCUACUGCACGUCUCCGAACGCAAACUCCCCGUAUUUCCUUGCGCCAAACAGCUCGUCCAUGGCUAUAUCUGCUGGGUUUGUCAUAUACACCACGACAUCGCACGAGUCUUUCUUUGCACCGCUCGAGAAUCUGCAUGUUAUUACAAGUACUGCGGUGAUGAAUGGAUCGUCAGACGCCUCAACUCAACCACAGUCCCAAUGGGAACACCGUCGUGUCGAGCGUGGUUCGCGUAUCGUUACAGCUGUGCCGAGUAAUAUGAGCCUUGUGCUCCAGAUGCCACGAGGAAAUCUGGAAACGAUCAAUCCGCGACCAAUGGUUCUCGUUGUGGUGAAGCAGGACAUUGAAACAAAGAACUACCGGAAGGCUUUCCUGGCGUGUCGAAAGCACAGAAUCGAUCUGUCUAUCUUGGUUGAGCAUGAUCCAACAGCAUUCUUAGAAAACGUAUCAUCGUUCGUGGAACAGAUCGAUGAUGUUGAUUAUUUGAACCUCUUCCUCACUGGUCUCGGGCAGACAUCCCUUGAUUCAAUGAAAAUCACCGAAUAUUAUGAUGCACUGCGUGUGGAACUCGAGUCAAGAGAUCUGACCAAAUACGUCAACUCGAUUCUGACUGUAUAUGUGGUGAAGAAACCCGCAGACUACGAGGCCGCUCUAUCACUGCUUUUACGAAUACGGGAAAUUGAUUCGGAACUCGUCGAAGAAGCCGUAAAAUACGUCAUUUUCCUAGUCGACGCUGAUAGGCUGUUCGACACGGCAUUAGGAAUGUACGACUUCUCUCUGGUCCUCUUGAUCGCUCAGCACUCUCAGCGGGAUCCUCGGGAAUAUUUACCAUUCCUCCGCGAGCUACGUGCUCUUCCAAAAUUCUACCAACGGUAUAGAAUAGACGACCAGUUGAAGAGGAAUCCAAAAGCAUUAGAGAACCUAAAUCUGGCUGGUCCGGAUUAUUUUGACGAGGCUAUUUUGUAUAUCGAGAAACAUAGAUUGUACACCAGCGCAUUUCAACUAUGGAAGAACGACGUGGAGCGACAUAGGCGGAUACUUGACGUAUACGGUGACUAUCUCUUCGAGCGUCGCGAGUUUAGGCAAGCUGCCAUCGUGUUCAUUGAGGCUCGGAGUUCAUCAAAAGCAUUGGUUGCUUAUGAGCGCGCACUCCUUUGGAGGGAGGCCUUGGAGCUGGCCAUUCGUGUCGGUACUGACGAAACGUCACUCAAUGAGCUCGCUCAUCGAUUGGCUGAUGAGCUCCUAUCAAAAAAGAAAUUCGAGGAAGCAGCUCGCCUGCUCUUGGAUCACGCGAAGAAUCUGAGACUCUGUAUCAAUGCACUUGUACAGGGGAACAUGUUCUCUGAAGCGCGUCGUAUCGUUGCUUUACACGGCGAACAAACACUCCUAGAGGAAAUCGUUCAGCCUGCUCUCCUUGACAGUCGAACGCAAUUUUCGGAAGACAUAGAGGAGAUGCGAACUCAGUUACGGAAACAAACAGAGCGAUUACGUGAAUUGCGAGUCAAGAAAACGGAAGAGCCCGACGCAUUUUAUGGUCUCGACGAUGAUCCAACUCUGCACAGCGUGGACGUGAUGACAGAUGUUUCGAUGGCUCCGACAGCCUUCACGCGAUACACCGUCGCUCCAACGACGGCAUCCAAAGCAUCAAAGCGAACUUCUCGCUCAAAGCGUAAGAUGGAACGCAAAGUGGGUUCGGGCCGGAAAGGUACAAUUGACGAAGAAGAGUACCUCCUCAGAUCAAUCGGGAAGCUCGUUGUGCGCUUCGACGAAGUCCAGAACGAUGCUGCGCAGAUUCUCCCGCAUCUCCUACAAUUUUCGCCAGAACACCGAAAUGAGGCUCAUAGCCUCCAAUCCGAACUCUCUGUCUUUCGGGCGGAGCUUCAGGUAGUCUUAAAUGAAGCUUGGCCCGCUAAAAACGGUAAUGCCACGGACGGUACAGGAGAGACGAACAGUUCGAGCUGGGCGGAGCGAAUGGAGGAGAAAAAGAGAGAACGGACGCGAGCUGUUGAAAGCGUUGUGAAGCCCGAAAUGGGAGUAAACGAUAUGAGCUGGAAGGUUGAUAUAUUACAUGUAUAGGUGUGUCGGUUGUAGACACCUCUGAAUCCUGAUACUCUGGUACUUCAUUUCCCAUUUGCGGAAUGUGAUGAGGUAUGCGUUUCAUUUGGCUAACUUCCGUUAUUAGAAGUGCUCUCAGUUUGGACUACGC